CAGGUGCGUUCCGCUGCCUCUGUGUUAUUGUUGCUCACAGACUUCAAGCUCCUCCUCCUCCUCGCAGCGCCUCCUGCUCCUCUCUUUCACAGAACAGAAACAUGACUGGCGAUUCAGUGUCCGCGCAACCCACGGGGUCUGCCAAAACGCCAGCGGAUUUUCUCAAGUCUAUCCGGGGUCGUCCUGUAGUUGUCAAGCUCAAUUCUGGUGUUGACUAUCGAGGUGUUUUGGCUUGUUUGGAUGGUUACAUGAACAUCGCCAUGGAGCAGACAGAGGAGUAUGUAAAUGGACAGUUGAAGAACAAGUAUGGUGAUGCCUUCAUCCGGGGCAACAACGUUCUAUAUAUAAGUACAACGAAGAGGACGCUGGGAGACUAGUUCUGAGGAGUUCACGGUGUACAAGGCUGGGACAUCGGAGGGGCCGUUCCCUGUGCUAGGUUGGAAGGUUUGAAGACACGACAGGGGGAGAUUACAUCUUCAAAAUACCACGUUAACUAGCGCUUUGUGUGCACUCGCGAAGAGAAUACAUAAAGGCAUGACAUGCCUAAGACAGUGGAUGUGAUAUUAUGCUGAUUGCUAGCUAGUGAAUUGUUAGAGUUAACCACAGCUUGAUCUUUUUUAUGAAGCCCGUCUUACAAGAACCUUGAAUUGUCGGAUGAGCCCUGCAAUGUUUUCUUUGUAUUUUUGAAUAGGCUUGUGCUUCGAUUCAACUUGGUGAUUUGGCAGAAACGUUGGAUGGA